UUGCACAAGGCAUGUAUAUUUAUCUUAUUUUGCAGUCUUUCUGGUUUAACUUCUGAUAAACGCCAUCUCCGACCCAAGCGAACUUGUAACCGUGUGGACGCCGGCUCACCUCUCCCUGGAAGAUGUGAGAUGGAGUCAGGUAGAGGCUCUGCCACAUCGAAUCCACUUAAGGCACUCUCGCUGCACUCGAACCUUCGUGACGAAUAUGAGGAGUCGGUAUGUCUUUUAGGCUCAGCUGACUCGUGCAGAAUUCGCAGCUCUACUCAAUUGGUGGAGCCAAUAGUCGAGCUGGAAAAAGAGGCAACCGGUGAACCAAUCUUAGAUUCCAAAUCUCCCGAAGUCGGCUCAGACACUAAUGCCUGUAGUCAACGAGUAGUAUCUUCCACCGAUAUCAUUUGCCAGAAUACACAACAGAAACAGUCGCAAAAUAAUUACCGAUUGACGCCUUUACACCUCCUUAAGAGUCCAGCAAAUCCGGGCGAUCGAGUUGCAGCUGGUAUGUAG